AUGAAAUUGAGCAGGACUACCAGAUCAUUUUUUAGGACAAUGUCUACUCUUCCAACACACAACCAGUACUUCCAAGUUGGCGGCAAAGAUAUUUGGAGUUUCAUCAAUGAGACUGCCGCUGCCAAGGCAGCUAAAUCCGGAGACGGUGUAGCAAAUCUUGGUCAAGGUUUCUUUUCCUAUUCGCCACCGCAGUUUGCCAUUGAUUCUGCAAAGGAGGCCUUUGAGGUUGCUGCCGACAACCAGUAUGCUCCUGCACAGGGAAAGCCUGUUUUGAUUGAGAGUUUGGUCAAACAUUACAGCGGAGAAUUGGGGUACCAACUAAGCAAGGAUCAAGUUUUAGUAACAACUGGAGCCAACGAGGGUAUGUUUGCUGCCUUUUUCGGUCUGCUCAAUAGGGGGGACGAAGUUAUAGUUUUUGAACCCUUCUUUGACCAGUAUAUUCCGAAUAUCGAGAUGGCGGGAGGUGUUGUCAAGUAUGUCAAGCUACAUGCUCCAAAGGACUUUGAUACAAGGAUUGUUGAUGCCAAUGAAUACUACAUUGAUUGGGAGGAGUUGGAAAACGCAAUCACUAGCAAGACCAAGAUGGUUGUCCUUAACACCCCACAUAAUCCUAUUGGGAAAGUGUUCAGCAAGGAGGAGCUGACGAGGAUUGGCAAUUUGGCUAUCAAGCACAACUUUGUCAUUCUCUCAGACGAAGUCUAUGAGAACCUCUACUUCAAUAUCGACUCCUUCCCCCGGAUUGCGUCCUUUGAAGAUGAGGAGCUGCGUCGCCGGGUCCUCUUUGUAGGGUCUGCAGGUAAAUCGUUUGCUGCCACCGGGUGGAGAAUCGGAUGGGUCAUUGGUUCCCUGGAGUUGAUGCCCUAUGUGAGGGCUGCCCAUACCCGCAUCUGUUUCUCCUCUCCUGCACCGAUCCAAGUCGCCGUGUCCAAGUCCAUCGAAAUAGCAGACAGCGGAGACUACUUCUCUCAAAUGAGAGAGGAAUACGCUGUCAAAUAUCAGAUUUUGGAAAAUGCCUUUAAAGAGCUACAGAUUCCAUACACUAGGGCAGACGGUGGAUACUUUCUGUUGGUGAACUUCAAGAAGGUCAAACUACCCGACUCAUACAAGUGGCCAGACUCCAUUGAGGGGAAACCAAGAGAUUUCAAGCUAGCUUAUUUUCUGAUUGAAGAGUUUGGCGUUGUUGCCAUUCCACCAACUGAGUUUUAUAGAAGUGGGGAGUUGGAAUUGCAAGACUGUUUACGGUUUGCCGUCUGUAAAGACGAUCGUGUCCUACAAGACGCCGCUAGACGGUUGAAGGGACUCGCCCAGUACCUCUAG